UUCCUAGAUUCUAGCGAACCUGGUAACAGUCUUUGUCAGUGCCCAUUUCCAACAGUCCCAAACCCCAAAUCAAUCGAAACACGAACACACUCAACUGUAAACAACUUUUUGAGAAUAAAAAUCCUAAAUAGUUAAACCAUAUCCCUUCCUUCACAGCUUUACUCUCUCUCUCUCUCUCUCUCUCUGGAUCCUAACACUUCCAAUUUCAUAGUACUAUAACAAACAAAAACUGUUUCCUCUCUCUCUCUCUAAUAACUAAAGAAAAAGUGUAGGUUGAUACAUGGCUGUGUACAAACCUGAGGAUGAGUAUGACUACCUGUUCAAACUGGUUUUGAUUGGUGAUUCUGGUGUGGGAAAAUCCAAUUUGCUCUCGAGGUUCACGAGGAACGAGUUUAAUUUGGAGUCCAAAUCUACUAUUGGGGUAGAGUUUGCUACCAAGAGUAUGAAAAUUGAUGGCAAGGUCAUCAAGGCUCAGAUUUGGGACACUGCUGGCCAAGAAAGGUACCGUGCUAUUACUAGUGCUUACUACCGAGGAGCUGUUGGUGCAUUGCUGGUGUAUGAUGUCACUCGGCACACAACAUAUGAGAAUGUCGCAAGGUGGUUGAAGGAGUUGAGGGAGCACACAGACCCCAACAUUGUGGUCAUGCUGAUUGGCAACAAGUCAGAUCUUCGACACCUUGUGGCCGUUCCAACAGAGUACGGAAAAUCAUUUGCAGAGAGAGAGUCCCUCUACUUCAUGGAAACUUCUGCAUUGGAAGCAACCAAUGUGGAAAAUGCUUUUACUGAAGUUCUCACCCAGAUAUACCGGAUCGUGAGCAAGAGGGCAGUUGAUGCAGGUGAUAGUGGAAGUUCUUCCUCUCUUCCAUCAAAAGGACAAACAAUAAAUGUCAAAGAUGAGUCCUCAGUUCUGAAGAGAAUUGGGUGCUGCUCAAGCUAGGGAUGAUGGUUUUACAGCAUCUUUUAUUUCUCUGUCAAGUGAUUAACACAAUCUCGCUGUAAAAUAAAAGCUAGUCUGUCAUACAUUGUUUGGAAAAUUGCCAAAAGGGCAUGAUGCAUGAAUUGAUAUCCAUACAGCUACAGGACAGGUUAACUGAAUAUAUUAUAUGCCAUAGAUCUUUGUUUGCUGAAGGUUGUAAUAACUGGGUUUCUUUGUUUGUAACAAUAUUGUGGCAAGCAAGCUACGUACAGGACAGGGCAAAUGAACAUUUUGUGUAAUUGAUCUUUCUUUGCCGAAGGUUGUAAUUACCAAGCUUUCUAAUUAGCUUGUAA